AUGCAUUUAGCCCCACCCGGAACUACCCCUUUGGUGCCAGAGCACCCAGCCCCGGAGGUGCUUGUCUACUGCAAUGAGCCCCACCCUUGGUCUGCUCUUCAGCCCCAGGGAGAAGAGAGCCUCCGGACCCUGGUGGGGACCGAAGGGGACAGCCUCCUGCUAAUGGACCUCAAUACCACUGAGACCGAGGCCUCUGAGCCAUGGGACUAUGUCCUUGUGGCUGAUCGUUGCACCCAGAGAAACCCCAGGCAGGUCCAGUGGCAGCAGCAGUUCCUGGAAGAGCUCGAGAGGAAGGGUUUCUGCUACAAGGCGAGGGAGGACCAGGAGAAGGUGUUCUUUGGGAUCCGAGCUGACAACCGGGUCUUUGAGCGGUACCGCAGACUUCUCAUGGACCCCGAGGCUACCGCCCCCAGAGGGGAGCUGGCCAGGCCAACUUCCAUCCCAGCCACCACCAGAAUCCGAAUUGUCCACUUUGUGCUGAACAGCAAGAUGGCAGCUGGUGACACGCUCCAGGAAUUGGUGAAGGAUGGGGUCUUUGAGGCCGGGUUUCCCCUACACAAGGGGGAGGAAGACCUAAAGUGGAAAUGGGCCCGGUGGAUAAACAUGUUCCAAGAGCAGCCAAUUGGUGACAUCAGGAACUACUUCGGUGAGAAGGUGGCCCUGUACUUCGCCUGGCUCGGCUGGUACACCUACAUGCUGGUGCCCGCCGCGGUGGUGGGCCUCAUCAUCUUCCUGAGCGGGUUUGCCCAUUUCGAAGCCAGCCAGAUCAGCAGGGAGAUCUGUGAGGCCCACGACGUCUACAUGUGCCCUCGCGGCGACCACAACCCCAGGUACCAGCGGCUCUCAGAAACCUGCGCCUUCGCCAAGCUCACCCACCUCUUCGACAACGAGGGCACCGUGCUGUUCGCCAUGUUCAUGGCGCUGUGGGCCACCGUGUUCCUGGAGUUGUGGAAGCUGGAGCGAGCCCGUGUGGUCCUGCAAUGGGACCUGUACGGGUGGGACGAGGACCAGGAGGAAAUGGCACUGGGGCUCACUGCCUGCCCUGACUACCAGCCCCGGCUGCACCAGCACUCCUACAUGCGGAGUACCGUCAUCCUCCUGCUGUCUCUGUUGAUGAUCUGCCUGAUGAUAGGCAUGGCCCACGUCCUGGUGAUCUACCGCGUCCUGGCCGCUGCCCUUUUCAGCUCCGCCUUGCCCUUCCUGGGGGAGCAGGUGACCACGGCCGUGGUGGUGACCGGGGCCCUGGUUCAUUAUGUGAGCAUCCUCGUCAUGACCAAGAUCAACAAAUAUGUGGCACUGAAGCUUUGUGACUUUGAGAAGCCCAGGACCUUCUCAGAGCGAGAGAGCAAGUUCACCAUCAAGUUCUUCACUCUGCAGUUCUUUGCUCACUUCUCCUCCCUUAUCUACAUCGCCUUCAUCCUGGGCAGGAUCAACGGUAACCCCGGGAAGUCCGUGCGCCUGGCAGGGCUGUGGAAGUUGGAAGAGUGCCAUCUCAGCGGCUGCAUGAUGGACCUGUUCGUGCAGAUGGCCAUCAUCAUGGGUCUGAAGCAAACGCUCAGCAACUGCAUGGAGUACCUGGGCCCGUGGCUGGCCCACAAGUGUCGCUCCAUGCGAGCCACGUCCCAGGACCCCGAGCUGAGGCACUGGCAGCGCAACUACCGCCUGAACCCCGUCAACACCUUCAGCCUGUUCGAGGAGUUCAUGGAGAUGAUGAUCCAGUACGGCUUCACCACCAUCUUCGUGGCCGCCUUCCCGCUCGCCCCGCUGCUGGCGCUCUUCAGCAACCUCGUGGAGAUCCGCCUGGACGCCAUCAAGAUGGUCUGGCUGCAGCGGCGCCUGGUGCCCCGCAAGGCCAAGGACAUCGGGACCUGGCUGCAGGUGCUGGAGAUCAUCGGCGUGCUGGCGGUCAUCACCAACGGGAUGGUCAUUGCCUUCACGUCUGAGUUCAUCCCCCGAGUGGUGUACAAGUACCGCUAUGGCCCGUGCCGACAGGGGGCCCACCCUGCAGUCGACUGCCUCACGGGCUACGUCAACCACAGCCUGUCCGUGUUCUACACCAAGGACUUCCAGAAUCCUGUUGAAAUAGAGGGCUCAGAGAAUGUGACCAAAUGCAGGUACCGGGACUAUGGCACCGCUCAGAACUCCAGCUUCACUGAGCAGUCCUGGUUCCUCCUGGCCAUCCGCCUGGCCUUCCUCAUCCUCUUUGAGCACGUGGCCUUAUGCGCCAAGCUCAUUGCUGCCUGGUUUGUGCCUGAUGUGCCUCAGUCGGUGAAGAAUGAAGUCCUGAAGAAGAAGCACCAGAGACUUAGGGAGGCGGGGCUGCCGGGGCCUGGGGGUUUAGGAGCGGGAGUCAAGGCAGGCUUCCUAGAGGAAGACAAAGAGCUUGGGAGGAGGAGCAGAACCGCACCAGGUGCUCCUGAGGACGGUGGAAUUUCCGAGGAGUUCCUGGGGCACCGAGACUCUCGGGGCUGGUCGGGCCGGUUUGGCCUCUGCCCCGAGGCGCGGCGGCCGCGGCUCCAGGGGGCCGAGCGCAGGACCUUCUUGAACACCAGCCUGAGGCUCGAAGCAGGACAGUUGGGUCCGCCCUCGCCCCGGCUGCUGGGCGGAGCUGCACCUGCCACCGUCGCUGGGGCUGUCGCCGCUGCGCACCUGGCCCAGGUGCGGUUCCGCAGGAAGCGCCUCGGAGCCGAGCCCGCUGCCCGCGUCGCCCAGAAGCCCGAGCUCACCCUCGUUCCGGCCCCUCCGGCCUUGCGGGGGCGAGGGCGGCUCUUCCCGCUCCGCCCGACUUGGCCCUCGGCCAGGAGAGGGAAGAGCAGCGCCAAGGCGCGGAGGGACCCCGCCUCCGCCCCAAAGUUGGAGCCCAGGCCCGAGGCCUCCCAGGGCGCCGGGGGCGGACGGAGAAACCUGCUGGAGCCGCUGCGCACCUGUGUCCGGGCGGAGCUACAGCCAUCCACGCGCCCCGCCCUUCCGUGCGCGCCCCCGACCCGUCCGCCCCCGCGCCCCCCAAACGGCUCACCCCACCCGGAGGGCGGUGGUACUAACGCCCCUCCGGGAAGGCGGAGCGCGGGUGUGGGGUGUGUGGCGGGCCCGGGGGUGCAGGAGGGGGCCUUUCGGCUCGCGGGGCCACAGCGCUUUGUGCAAGUUCUUUCCUUCGGGACAGACGUCCGGGGAUGA